AUGAAAUACAGCCUGGAUUAUGAAAAUUGUCCAAGAAAGAAUGAAAUCGAUGCUUAUCUUCGUAUAAAAAGGAUACCAGAAUUAUUGCAGAGCCUAACGUGCUUGGUUCUUUAUAAUCAACCAGGUAACUUGUCUUUUUCGAUCGUUGGUCUGCGAACCUGCAUUUUUUCCCUUAACGUGUUUGUUCCUGCUAAAAACGCAUUAGUUAAUGAACAAAGAGAAAUAGUAAGGAACUUUUUGUUAAUGAAUUUACGCGCGAUUUAAGUUAACCGCGUUUUCUAACAAGUAGCGCCGUUUUGAGGACAUGCCCAGACUGGCAUUUGUUGCAACGUGGUAGUUUUUUAACCAGAGAGGUACCUCUCUUUUGUCUUUAAUUUUAAGCACGACUGAUUAGUAAUACUACAAAUUUUUAAAGUAAUAUGGCGCUGGUAGAUUUCUUGCGUAGACGACACCGUAGAUUAAAUUGCAUAAGUAAACCGUUUCCCGUUAGAAUUGUAUUCAGAGGACUAGGAGAGAAUGGGUUCUCUGUCGAAAUCCCAACUGCUAGCCUUGCUGGCUUCUCUAUGCACUCCCGACUACACGACAAGCAAACGGCUGGGAUGGCGACAGGAGCUCCAGUCCACUCCAGUCCUGAGAGAACAAUUAACGGAAAAUAUAUAUUUCUGUUGAAUCGUCUACGCAAGGAACAUUCCUACAUUACGUAUGCUGCGAAAUUUUUCCGUAGUGUUGAUCAGCCAUUUAAAAAAAGACGAAAUGCUUUUUGAACCGAGUCACUUCCCGUCCAUUCCAUGGAAUGCAGUUUUGCCCGGUCCUUGGGACGGGGACGUAUGCUGCCAGGGUUACCAAGAAAUUGCAUCUUAUUGACCUCGACACAAGCCAGUGUAGUCUAUUUUUGUCAAAAGAGAACUGAGCUAAUUGUAACAUUUACACCAGUUUGGGAAGACCAGUUAAUUAUGUGCAGCCAUGUCGUGCGCAAAUUUUGUUGGUUUCUACAAUAACUUCGGACGCUUGAAUUCUUUUUAUUGUCUUGUCAGACGUCGAUAGAAAAGUCACUAAAAAUAGCAAUGAAGGCAGCGUUUGACUGUUGGCUUGUCUUAUACAUAUUCUCUUCAACCACUUCACCUUAACACCAACCAUGCAAGUGCGGAUCCACGCCAAUACGGUCGUAUAGGUGAAAAACGUAUUCGUACUGUUGUUGCUGUCUAUGGCGGAACAUAUUUAGACUAAUCCGCUGGAAAAUCUAAGUCAAAUAUUGUACACAAAAAAAUUCUGCGGUUGUAUCACUGAGGGCAACAUUAUCCAACCCAUGCCUGCUGUGGAUGUGUCGAAACGAAGUUUUAGAAGUCCGGAUCUUGUAUUCUAAGCCAAGUUUUGCACUUGCUGUCGUAGUUUCAAUACUUGAAAAAGUUAAGUUUGGAAGAAGCAAACAAGUUAACCAAAUAGUGCAUUCUGAUUUUGUAAACAGACUUUUCGGACGUUGGCGUUCAGGGUGAAUGCAGACGCUUCCAUCUAUUCUGAAAUCUGUUAUUAAUAUCACCGUAAAGAAAAGAACUGCCAGCAGUUAUGUGCCGUGCAAUAAUAAUGACUUUUGUUGUUCUUUGACACCUUUUGUACAGAAACUAUAUAGUCAUACAGACUAAACAAACGCAUAGAAUCUUCCUAUCAAGCACUUAUGCGGGGCUUACAUGGCAACAAUUGGACUGAAUCUGAUAGUGUAGGCCAGCAGCGAUAUGUAAUAUGUGUGUCAUAGGCAGAUGUAUAAUACUCAAGACCGAAACAAACACAUAAGCACACCGGAGCUAUGCUCCUUGAUCAACAAGCCAGGCACAAAGAAAGGAAGCGGAACGUUCUUCUAAGCCGACUCAGGGAUUCAUACGGAUUGAUGUAUCCGGACAGAUAGUCUGCCCUGGCAGCGAUUUAAAUUGAGUUAUGAACACGGGAGGUGGUGCAAAAAUUCCACUUUCUGCGACUGAAAAUAAUGUCUAGGACAUGUUCAAAUAUUUUAGUCCCAUACUUAUGUAUUCUCACGCGCCGUUAAAUUAUCCAUUCUGACCAAAAAAAACACUUGAUUUACAGUCCACUUUUUAGUAUGCUUAGGGAACCCAGACUUCCAUGAUUAGUCUAUUCGUAUCAGGGAUUAAAGUAUCCACCUUAUCUUGAAGAGCGAGUUCAAGAGAACUUCGAGCCAUAUUCCACCUAAGUAGCUUUAGGUCUAUCGCAGCUGAUUGCAAUAGGAACCAUGCUUAUAACACUAUGAUUUUUAUGUUAAACUUUUGCAUGCGUCUUCCGGACUGUUCUUAAGUAUCUUAAAACUGCCGAACCGUAUGUGCAAGACACGCACCUGAUUAACAAUGAGGAACAGAGAGUCGCAGUAAAUGAUCCUAUUUAUGCAAAGUUUGUGCUUAUUAGUCAGUUAUAUGACAACGUAUUGUAAACUGUUCAUGUCGAUGACAGUUACUUUUUCCGUAGCGUUUGUCACAGUACGACGCAGUUGUUUUGAAUCAUUGUGCAAACCUAAUAAAAAUGACAAAUUGCACGUUACUAAAUCAUAGCAAAUGCCAAUGCGAGUAUGCUCGUCCAAAAUUUCCUUCAUUUUGAAUAACGAAUGUUUUGGAGUAUUUCUAUGAUGAGCUGCCUCUGGUAGUCUUAGACUUUAUUCUUACAGAACCUUCUGCUUUUCAUAAAACAGCGAUACAGCGUUAUGGAUGUUUUCCUCACAGGUUUUGCUAGACCCUUUUAUGCACAUAAACGAGCUCAAGUUGCAUGGAAUGUUUUAGAGUUUUCCCCCUGAUUCAGUGAAAGACAGAAAGGGCUAUGCUUAUUGGACUUAAUCUAACAUUUAUUGGGAACGACGCAUUAGCUUUUCGGUAACUCCAGUGAAGAUGCCACAGAUUCGUAUGUUUCAAAAUAUUAGUAUGAAAAGUCAGAUAUAUAUUUCCCUUAAGAUAUGCAGAUUUUUAGUGCUCAAAAUAUGGAGGUUCAAGGUAAACAAAUAGUCAGAUCAAAGAAUGGAGCUUGCUAGACGCAGCAUCUAAAUGGUCCUUGAGAUUGGGCAUGCUAGCAAAAGAAAGGUGUCCUCCCGAUGCCUUGCACACGGCUCCUGGCUCGGCCUUUUCGUCAGAGACAUUCGUUAAGGUUGAUUGAAUUCCAUUUGCCUACUGCAAAUAUUUGAACUUGACCAGUGUCUUAUUUUAAACACGACUUUAUCCUCUAUCAGCUGCCUAGUUAUGUGUAUUAGACCUCGAUAAGUCGAUUUUGCCUAUACUACUCCAAAUCAACAUCAAACAUUAAUAUUUGUAAAAACACAAAUGGUGUUCUCUAUAUGGAGGACUAAACAAGGACCUCCUUCGAAUAUUUAGCAGCUUCUGGAUAAAAUGUCGCUUAUCAAAGCCUCAUGAGACCGACAGUAAUCGAAAAACAGUCAGUUUCAUCCUUCGAAUUUCCUCAGUCACAUUGAGCUUAUGAAAAUCAAAACGUUGGUACAGAACCAAUACCAAAAGCAUAGGGUCAUGUACUAACCGUUCUAUUUGAUUCUAGGUUCGUUUCAUAUGUCUGCAUUUAUUUCACCAGAUACUGGUUUUUUUCUGUUCUUUAUGGGCUAGAAAAUCCUUAUUCUUAUAUGGUGGAGCACUUGCAAAAACUGCAAGCAGCCCAACGGAACGAGGGUGACAAUCCUUUCAUUUUUACCCUGGAGAAUGCGGAGUCGCUCUUUGAUAUGCUGGACCCAAACGCAAACGGCUUUAUAUCCUUUCAGCAAUACAAACAUGGUCUCGAGACUCUGGGCAUCACAGUUUAUGACCCACUCCCGUUGGGAAUUGGCACCAAUCAGAUAACCAAAAAAACCUUUUUGGAGGAAGCGUAAAUUCAGUCCUUUUGAAUGUUAGUUUAAUCUACUUGCCUUCUAGAGAACGAGGGUUGGCUUUUCUUUCGAGCACGUACGAGAAUAUUAUUCGUCCAGCAGCCAGAAGACCAAGAUCUCCGGCUGUUGAAGAACAAGUCGAACUUCCGUCCUGUUGUCGGAAUUCAGCUGACAAGUUGCCUUCCGACGGACGUAUAUGUUGA